UCAAGCACUGCUCUUGCCUCAUCAUUUCCAUGCUCUGUCUGUGAAGGGAAGGUGGAAAGAAGCGGCUUCUUCAUCCCUUCCUCUCCUUUCUCUUCCUAUUUCUAGCCGGCCAUCAUCCGAUCACUGAGAAAUCGAAAAUUAACGCACGAGAUCAUCUCCUUCAAUCUAUCUCCGAUCUCGAAACUCCGACUGUCUCCGGCGGCAGUAAUUGGUGAAACUUUGUGUUUUACCCCCCUGUUGCAUCGACAGACCUCGUUUUUCCAUUCAGCGAUAAAAUGCCAAAGGAAAGAAGAGAGCGUUCUGUGUCAUUCGACAGAUCUCGGGCAUCACCUUUCCCUUCCAGCUCCAGCCACCCCAAGUGGUCUUCAUGCAUAAACUCCUCAGAAACCGCAGAGGAUGUGAAGGAAUGGGAAGAUGCCAGGUGCCCUGUGUGCAUGGAACAUCCUCACAAUGCCAUCCUCCUCGUUUGUUCCUCCUACGACAAGGGCUGCCGUCCUUACAUGUGUGACACAAGCUACCGUCACUCGAAUUGCCUUGACCAGUUCUGUAAAGCAUUCUCUGAAACCCCCUCAGCACAGAUGCUGCAAGAAUCAACAAUUUUAAGUGAUGUCACCCACCCAGCACAGGAACAGCAGCAUACGCCGUUGAACCAAGAUAGUGAUGGACAUGCCCCACAGCCUGCUCCUAAUGUGGGCCAGGAGCAAUCGAAACUGUUGUGUCCCCUUUGUCGGGGCAAGAUAAAGGAUUGGAUCGUAGUGGAGCCAGCUCGCCAGUUCAUGAAUGCGAAAGUGAGGAGCUGUGCCAGGGAGGCUUGCAUGUUCAGUGGGACAUAUUAUGAAAUAAGGAAGCAUGCGAGACUGGAGCACCCACUGGUGCGGCCGUCAGAGGCAGACCCAGAGCGGCAGCGGGAUUGGAGGAGGUUGGAGCGACAACGUGAUCUAGGAGAUGUGCUCAGCACGUUCCAGUCAGUGUUCAAUGAGGAUAGGGUUGAGGGGGGCCGAAUGUCAUUCAGUGAGGAUAGGGUUGAGGAAGGCCAUAUUUCUUUCGACGAGGGAAGCUUGCUGACUGUACUUCUCCUUAUCCGAGUUCUCCCACAAGAUUCUAGCAUCAACUGGUCAGUACCAUCAAGGUUUCGGGGGCUGUCAAGGAGCCGAAGGAGAGGAUCACUAUGGGGGGAGAUGUAUGACGGUGAGCCUAGCACUUCUACAAGAGGUGAGGAUGAUGGAUCGGAAGACGUGUCAGGCAUAUGGUACCAUCGUGAUAGGGGUCAAUGACAUAGAAUGCCAGACAACGAGCCAUGAUGGUAGCAAGCAAGUUCAAACUGUUUGCAUUGUGAGGGCCUUUGUUAGUGUUGUGAACUUCUGUUUCAAGCAGUGAGUUCUUCUACCUUUAGCUACCAUAUUCAUGUGACAUUUAUUAUCUGGAUUUGUGUUUGAACUUGCCAAGGGACUCAGGCGAGACCUGUGAAUGUUGGAGCAUGUUUUCAAGCCAUGAAGCUUGAAAAUCAGUUCAGCCUGCCGAUUGAGUGGGGUUUGCACGCAUGCACAGAAUUAAACAAAAUCGAAUAGUCAUUUGAUCAAUGUUCUAUUCUCAAUUUACAUGCGACCCACCCGAUAAGCAGAUCAGCUUGAUUCUCUAACCGAAUAGCUUGGAAUCUGGCAUGUAUCCCACACACACAUGUGCUUCCCUUGGAAAAUCAAAACAUGCUAGUUUCAUUUGCAUGUCUUCAUUGAAAAUUUUCUUCAAGUCUUGGGGUCUAUAUUGUUUUCAGGUGAGUGGAAAUGUGAGUGUUAUAGUUCUCUUCAUUAUGAUUGGAAUGUGGACAGCCGAACUGGAUAGUUCUUUUGAUGUAUGGUAAAAAAGGUAAUUCAUAAUAAUACCCAUGACUACAGGAUGGAUUGAAUGCGUC